CUCCUCCUCCUCGCCUUUUGGGGACAACCGUGGCUGCCUGCGUGCGUGCGUGCGUGCGUGCGCGAGCCUCGGCCUCGGCGUCGUCCUGCGGGCCGCCACCCUCGCACCACUGUGAGCUCCUCCUCCUCCUCUUCCUCCUCCUCCUCCUCUUCCUCCUCUUCCAUCACCACCUUGAUGAGGCAGCAUCAUCAUCCUCAUCAUCAGCAGCAAUGGAGCCGCUGACAACGCCGCGUCACCUCCUUCCGCCUUGCUUCCCCCCCCCUGCUUAAAAAAAGCACACGGAGAAAAGAGGAGCGUGCGCGUGCGCGUGGAUGGGAACUAUGAGCGAGCUGGAGGAGAGCGGCCAGAGCGUGCGCGCGCACAAAGCGUUGCAGCAGUGCGAGCUGGUGCAGAACAUGAUCGACAUCAGCAUCUCCAGCUUGGAGGGCUUGAGGACCAAAUGCGCCACAUCCAACGACUUGACGCAGAAGGAGAUGCGCACGCUCGAGGGUAAGCUGGUGAAGUACUUCAGCCGCCAGCUGUCGUGCAAGUGCAAAGUGGCCUUAGAGGAGCGCGGCGCCGAGCUGGAGGACUUCCCCCGCCUGGGCCACUGGUUCCGCAUCGUCAACCUGAGGAAGGAGGUCACGCAGGACAUGAGCCCCGCCGGCGUGACGCUGGAGGGCCUUCUGGAAAUGAGCGAGCAGCAAGUGCGCGAGCUGCUGCAAACGUUCGGCGCCAACGGCGAGGAAUGCGCCCGCCUCAACGCCUCGCUGGCCAGCCUCAGGAGGGCGCGCCAGCUCGAACAACUGGAGGAGGAGAAGUUGCACAGUAACGGAGGGAGCCAGGCCAAGCAGGAUUGGUCCAUCCAGUGGCCCACCUCCGAGUCGGGCAAGGAGAACACGCCCGUGUGUCAGCCCGAGCCCAGCCAGUGGAUCCGCUUCCAGCUGUCCCAAAGCCCCAAAGUCCAGUCCAAGUGCAACCGGCACACGUGCCGCGGCCCCCAGACCCCGACGGCUUCUCCUUUGUACGCCGACCGCCUGACGCCGGACGGGCCUUCCGCAGCGGCGCCGCCGCCCGCCUCGGACGGCGGGCGCCGCUCGCUGCCGCCCUCGCCCCGCCAAAGACGCUUUGGCCGCACGCCCCCCCGAACUCCGCUGGUGUUCAACACCAUGACGCCGCCCGGCACACCGCCCGUGAGGCGGAGGAACAAAGUCAAGGCGCCGGGCACGCCGCCGCCCCCCAGCCGCAAGCUCAUCCACCUCCUGCCGGGCUUCACGGCGCUGCACCGGAGCAAGUCACACGAGUUCCAGCUGGGGAACCGCCUGGACGACGCGCACGUGCCAAAGGGCAAGAAGAAGAGCAAGCCCUUGAACCUCAAGAUCCACAGCAGCGUGGGCAGCUGCGAGAACUUGCCCACCUACCCGCCCGGCCAGCGCUCGCCCCUGCACACCGAGCGCUCCCUGAGAUCCUUCUUCUUCCCGUCCUUCGUGCCCUCCACGCCGCCCGUGCACGCCGAAACGCCCUCCGCAAACACUCUGUCAGUGCCUCGCUGGUCCCCGCAGAUCCCCCGACGAGAUCUGGGAAACUCCAUCAAACACAGAUUUUCCACCAAGUACUGGAUGUCGCAGACGUGCAUCGUGUGCGGGAAGGGAAUGCUCUUUGGACUCAAAUGUAAAAACUGCAAGCUGAAGUGCCACAACAAAUGCACCAAAGAAGCUCCGCCCUGCCAUCUGCUCAUCAUCCAGCGAGGCGGCCGAGAAUCCCUCAAAGACCACCAAGGAAUGACUCAAGGAGGAUUAUUUUCUUCUUCUCGGUCGCUCGCAGUCGCUCGUCUGGUGCGGACCGAGUCGGUGCCGUGUGACAUCAACAACCCGCUCCGGUACAGCGACCUGCACAUCAGUCAGACUCUGCCCAAAACCAACAAAAUCAACAAGGAUCACAUCGCGGCGCCGUACCAGCCGGACUCCAGCAGCAACCCGUCGUCCACCACCUCGUCCACGCCGUCGUCUCCCGCCCCGCCGCUGCCCAGCAGCGCCACGCCGCCCUCGCCGCUGCACCCCUCGCCGCAGUCGGCGCGGCAGCAGAAGCACUUCAACCUGACCGCGGCCAGUUACUUCAAAUACAAGCAGCAGUUCAUAUUUCCAGACGUCACUCCAGUCACUCCUCCCAGCAGAGCACCGCAAGUCAUCCUGCAUCCCGUCCUGUCGGAGCCGGGCGACGAGGGAAACCCGUUGCUUCAAAUCGAAGUGGAGCCGAUUUCCGACAACGAGGAGGGCCACGACGAGGAGUCCGGCGACGAGUUUGAGGAGAUGAACCUUUCGCUGCUGUCUGCCCGCAACUUCCCGCGCAAGGCCAGCCAGACCAGCAUUUUCCUGCAGGAGUGGGACAUCCCCUUCGAGCAACUGGAGAUCGGCGAGAUGAUCGGCAAGGGUCGCUUCGGCAAAGUUUUCCACGGCCGCUGGCACGGCGAGGUGGCCAUCCGCCUCAUUGACAUCGAACGCGACAACGAGGACCAGCUCAAGGCCUUCAAGCGCGAGGUGAUGGCCUACCGCAACACGCGCCACGAGAACGUGGUCCUUUUCAUGGGCGCCUGCAUGAGUCCGCCGCACCUGGCCAUCAUCACCAGCCUGUGCAAAGGCCGAACGCUUUAUUCGGUGGUGCGCGACGUCAAGGUCGUCCUGGACGUCAACAAGACGCGGCAAAUCGCACAAGAGAUGGUCAAGGGGAUGGGCUACCUCCACGCUAAAGGCAUCCUCCACAAGGACAUGAAGUCCAAGAACGUCUUCUACGACAACGGCAAAGUCGUCAUCACCGAUUUCGGACUCUUCACCAUCUCGGGGGUCCUGCAAGCCGGCAGCCGGAGAGAAGACAAGCUGAGGAUCCCGAGCGGCUGGUUGUGUCACCUGGCUCCAGAAAUCAUCCGGCAGCUCUCUCCGGACACCGAAGAGGACAAGCUGCCUUUCUCCAAGCAGUCCGACGUCUUCGCCUUCGGCACCAUCUGGUUCGAGCUGCACGCCCGCGAGUGGCCUUACAAGAGUCAGCCGGCCGAGGUCAUCGUGUGGCAGGUCGGCAGCGGCGUCAAGCCCAGCCUGGCGCACGCCGGCAUGGGCAAGGAGAUCCUGGACAUUUUGCUGCUGUGCUGGGCCUUCCAGCAGGACGAGCGUCCCAGCUUCUCCAAGCUGGUGGACCUGCUGGAAAAAUUACCCAAGCGCAACCGCCGCCUUUCCCACCCGGGACACUUCUGGAAGUCGGCCGAGUACGUCAAAUGAAUCCAGCGCCGAAAAAGACCAGUUUGUACAAAACAAGCCCGCGUGUCCUUUACCGAUCAUCUUUGAGGGAAAGAACGAAUGUAACUGUUGUACAGUUGAGUGUGUGGCCAACAUCCACUUUUGGAAUUUUUGGGGACUUUUUGCGUGUCCGCACUCGAUCGCUGAAAAAAAAGCUUUAACGGCCGCUUUAUUUCUUUCUCGUCAUUUUUGGGUCAUCGGCGCCGUACCGCAUGAAUGUCAAACACCUUUUCCCACUGGCGCGACACUUGAAAUGUAACGCCGCGCAACUAAUGCACGGAAAUGAUUUGUUUUUCGCCAGAAACUGUAGGGCGGGACGUCCACAUGUAAACUUUGAAGUAUUGCGGCCACGCCGGAAAGAAAGAAAUCGUCAUGCGACAAGAAUAAAGUCGUAUUCGUAGGAGAGAAGGGUACGCCAAUGGGCUAUACUUUUCGUGGGGGGAAUACAUGUUGAGAAAAAAGCUGUAAUAUUUCCAAAAAAGUUGUCAUUUUUUUACAGUUACAUUUUUUUGUCCAUCUCGAAAAAAAAUCUGAUUUUUUUGGUUUUUAAAGAAAAUCUUGCAAGAAUAAGAUGUUUUUUUUUUUUAUUUUAUUUUUUUUUUUAUGAAAACUACAACAUUUUCUCUCAAGAUUACAACUUCUUUUUCCCCCACCCCCCCAAAAAAAAAACUUGAUUCUUGUAGUACGGUUUAUCGUUGGAGUCCGCCAAGGCUGCCCUUUGUCAUCGAUUCUGUUCGUAACUUUUAUGGCCAGAAUUUCAAGGCGCAGCCGAGGCGUAGAGGGGGUCCGGUUUGGCGGCCUCGGUGUUGCAUCUCUGCUUUUUGCAGAUGAUGCGGUUCUGUUGGCUUCAUCGGGCCGUGAUCUCCGACUCUCACCGGAGCGCUUCGCAGCCGAGCGUGAAUCGGCACCUCCAAAUCCGAGACCGUGGUCCUCGGUCGGAAAAGGGCGGCGUGCCCUCUCCGGGUCGGGGAUGAGAUCCCGCCCCGAGUGGAGGAGUUCAAGUGUCUCGGGGUCUUGUUCACGAGUGAGGGAAGAACGGAACGGGAGAUGGACACGCGGAUCGGUGCGGCGUCCGCAGUGAUGCGGACUUUGUAUCGGUCCGUUGUGGUAAAGAGGGAGCUAAGCCGAAAGGCGAAGCUCUCGAUUUACCGGUCGAUCUUCGUUCCUACCCUCACCUAUGGUCACGAGCUGCGGGUCGUGACCCAAAGAACGAGAUCCCGGAUACGAGCGGCCGAAAUGAGUUUCCUCCGCAGGGUGUCCGGGCUCUCCCUUAGAGAACGGGCGAGAAGCUCGGUCGUCCGGGAGGAUCUCGGAGUAGAGCCGCUGCUCCUCCGCAUCGAGAGGAGCCAGGUGAGGUGGCCGGGGCAUCCGAUUCGGACGCCUCCCGGACGCCUCCCCGGUGAGGUGUUGCGGGCAUGUCCCGCCGGGAGGAGACCCCGGGGAUGACCCGACUGGCCCGGGAACCCCUCGGGAUCCCCACGGAAGAGCUGGAUGAAGUGGCUGGGGAGAGGGAAGUCUGGGCGUCCCUGCAAAAGCUACUGCCCCCGCGACCCGACCUCGGAUAAGCGGUAGAAAAUGGAUGGAUGGAUGGAUGGUUUAUGGUUUUGUUUUUUUCUUUGAAGUAUCGAUGCAAAAACGGAGCACGGACUUUUAGGCCACGAGACGUCUCGGACGUAAAAGAAGAUUCCAGACCAAAUUCAUAUUCGGAUUGAUUUGAGUGACAGCAGUGUUGUAGUCCAAAUGUGUUUUUUCAUAUUUAACUUUGAUCUGAUAUUAUGAGUCUUGUCACUGAUGGUGUAGUGGUGGACUCGCCUGACUUUGGUGCGGGCAGCGUGGGUUCAGUUCCCGCUCAGUGACGGUGCGAAUGUGAGUACGAAUGGUUGUCCCUGUCUAUAUGUGCCCCGCGACUGACUGGCGACCAGUUCAGGGUGUAGUCCGCCUUUCGCCCGAAGUCCGCUGGGAUAGGCUCCGGAGCCUUGCGACCCUAACCAGGAUAAGCGCUGUUGAAAAUGGAUGGAAAAAAAUGGAUUAUGAGUCUUUAUCAAAAAUAAGAAUUCCUAAAAUUCCAAAUAUUUUUUGUCACAAAAGUUACACACUUAACUCCAAAAAUUGACUUUUUACUUUAAGAAAUAUGCUUCUUUGAUGAUUUUUUUUCCUCUCAAGAUAAUUAUGUGCUUUCUCAAAAAUGCCCUUUUCCCCUCCCCAAAAAUAUGAUUCUUUUCAAAAACAAACAAGAAUGACUUUUUAUUUUAAUACAAAAAUAAUUCUCUCACAAUAGUUGUGCAUUUUUCUCAAAAAUGCCUUUCCCCCCCCCCCCCAAAAAAACUAUGAUUCUUAUCAAGAACCACUUGAUAUUAUUUUCCCCCCAAAUUUAGCUUUUUGUUGUUUAAAAAAGGAAUGACCUUUUCUCUUAUGAGACUUAUUUUUUUUCUUGGAAACAUUCAACUUGUUCUGACACAAAUCAUUUUUUGGGGCGGGGGACAUGACAACAUGCUUUCCCCCUAAACGCAACACCACUUAUCAUAAUUGUCUGCUGACUAUCAGGUUUAUGAAAAUAAUGAUUUCUUUUUUUUUUUUCAUGGUUGUUUUGCCCAUUUUAGCUUCACGGGGGAAAAAGUCAAUAUGCCAAUGAAAAAAAAAAAAAAAAAAAAAAGUUUUCUGUUAUCCAACAUUAUUUUCUGCUUCCCCUUUGAAAAAAAACAUUUAAAAAAAAAAAAUAUAUAUAUAUAGAUACACACACACACAGCUGUGGGAAAAUUGGAGAAAAUAAAUGCUCUAACUGACACCAUUUGAAGUUGGAAUUUAUGUUGUCAGUCGUUUAAGGAAUGAAACAAAAUAGUUCAUUUUACUCAAAUAUAGAGUGGACUAUUGCAUAUUCGUUGUCGAUAUUCAUAAAUUCACCUAUUGGCAGAUUUUUUUGGGUGGUACCGAACCCCCCUUAUUUGUAUUAUUUUCCUUGUUUUUAAAUGGCACUUAUAAGGGAGUGUACAUUCUCCAUGGAUUUUUUUUUGGGGGGGGGGUUACCUAUUCCCGUAAUUUACAGAAAUCCUCGUCUUUUUUUGUGUUUUUUUGUCUGCAAUAAUAAGGAAACAUCAAUUAUUUGCAGUUCUUUUUUUUAUUGACACUAUCACCCCUCCCUAUUUCCGUUUUAUUCCAUCUUACUGGGAUUUAUGAGUGAUUUACGUGUUUUCACUAUUGAAGUGGGGGCUCGGUCCCGAUCCCCUGCGAAUCUCGAGGACCCACGUUGGCCAAACUGAUUGUUUUGCACGGAUCUCUUCAUUUUUUCCAGAGCUUUAUAUACCUGUAUAUCAUUUGUACUGUUUACACCUUUCAAGUGCAUGACAUGGACACAAAAAAAUCCACUAUAUUUGUGUGUGUGUGUGUGUGUGUGUGUGUAUAUAUAUAAAAUGGAGUGAAGUUGUCCGAGCUUGAUGGCGCCGCCACCUUUUGAUGUUUGGCUUUUUUUUUGCAGGCGGCAGCGUCGGCCGAUCGUCGCAGUUGUUUGUAAUUAUCGAUCUUGUGAAUAAGGAAGAGUAAAAAAAUCAAAAGGAGCGCGUGGCCAACCAGCAGUCAAAGAUCUAACAUUAGUGCCAAGUGUACAGGACAGAUUGUAAACUGCAUUCGCCGUACGAUUAUGAAUAUAAUGAUUAUCAUUAUUGUGGUUCUUUGUUUUUUUUUCGACUUUCCUUUUGAAUGUAGAAAAAGGUAUUGUUGUUGUCUUUGAAUUUCUUUUGUCCGUUUUCUUUCCCUGAUGUUUUUUGUGUUGUAGCCAAUAGCUUGUAGACUCGUGUAUGCCCUAUCGAGAAUACGGCGCCGUAUACACUUUAAGAAUUGAGAAUGUGAAGGACUUCUUCUUCUUCUUCUUCCUCUUCUUUUUUCUUCCUUCUUUCCUUCUUCUUUUCUUCCCCUCAACCCACGACUGAUUUGCACUCAUCCUUUGUCAACGUUUGUGGAUGACAAUAAAAAGCUCUUCUUCUCUC